CUGACCACCUUAGCAGAACUUUUUUUUUAUCUGAUGUCAACAGGACCCCAGCUUGGAGGAGAAUGGGGUGAUCAGAAAACAGGCAGGGCAGAUGGGUCCAGAAGGUAUAGGUUCACCUUGUCAUCCUCCCCAGGUGGGGCCCAGGCCGGGGUUGCCAUGGAUACGGUGUCCCUGGAGCAUCAGAUCCAGAGUGUGCAACGCCACAUCAGCUUCCUGAAAAAGGAGCAGAUGGCCCUGCUGCGGGACCUGCACCUGGAAAUCCUGAGGCUACAGAAACGCUGCUCAGAACUGACCCAUGAUCUGGAGAUGAGAGAGGCCCAAUCUCACCAGCAAGAGGCGGCUACCCGGGCGCUGGAGGACAAGUGCCGCGCGCUGGAGUCGCAGCUGCAGGCGCGGAGCGCGGCCAACGCCGAGCUGCGGCGGGAGGUGGCGCAGCGCGAGGCGCUGGUGUCGGCGCUGCGCUGCAGCCUGCGCGCCGAGGAGCGCCGCUUCCUGGAGGAGCUGCGGCGCCGCAGCCACCGCGCCACCGUGCUGGGCACCGAGCUGCAGAAGCACACCGAGGCGGCCGCCUACCUCUCCUGCCAGCUGCGCGCGGCGCGCCAGAGACUGCAGAGCCCGCGCCCCGGCGCCGCCGCCGAGCCCCGGCCUCGACGGCGCGCCCCGCGGGCCCGACGCCCGCCCCCCGCCGCGGCCGAGGCCAGCGCCAAGGGCCCGGGCCGGGACUGGGCUGCCUGGGACCGCGCGGCCGGCACCCCGGACGACCCCGACGCCAUGCCCGACCCCGCGCUCUUCCUCUAUGCCCGGAGGCCCCCGCGGCCCCGCGCUCGCAGCCCGCGCCCCCUGCCUCCCCAGGAGCCCCCGGACCACGCCGGCCCGCAGCCUGGGCCCUGCCGGAGCCCCCCGGCAGCGCCCAGAGCCCCGCGUGUGACCGGGGACCCGGAGUAGGCGCUGGGUCCGCGGAG